GUGAUACAGCAUGUCGAUAUUGAUCUAGUUCUAGUUCAAUAUUGAUCGAUCGCGUUGUGAUAUUGUUUUAGAAUAGAACUGAAUUAAAACUGACAAAAGUUAAUGUGUUAACUAAACCUAAAACUCUUAGAGUAGAAGAACGGUUCAAGUUAUUAAUUUAAAGGAAAGAGACGAUGUAUAACCCACAAUGGGUAAACAAAAUAGUAAAUUGAAACCGGAAGUCUUAGAAGAUCUUAAACAAAAUACGGAGUUUACAGAUGCUGAAAUACAAGAAUGGUAUAAGGGAUUUUUAAAAGAUUGCCCAAGCGGGCACUUAUCUGUUGAAGAGUUUAAAAAAAUUUAUGGAAAUUUUUUUCCGUACGGAGAUGCCAGUAAGUUUGCUGAGCAUGUUUUCCGUACUUUUGAUGCUAAUGGUGAUGGUACUAUCGACUUUAGGGAGUUUCUUUGUGCACUAAGUGUUACAUCCCGUGGAAAAUUAGAACAAAAACUUAAAUGGGCCUUUUCUAUGUAUGAUUUAGAUGGAAAUGGUUAUAUUUCUCGACAGGAAAUGCUCGAAAUAGUUACAGCAAUUUAUAAAAUGGUUGGUUCUGUAAUGAAAAUGCCUGAAGACGAGAGCACUCCUGAGAAACGAACGGAUAAAAUAUUUCGACAAAUGGAUCGUAACAAAGAUGGGAAAUUGAGUUUGGAAGAAUUUAUAGAAGGCGCUAAAAGUGAUCCAUCUAUUGUGCGUUUAUUACAAUGUGAUCCUCAAACACAUUAAUUUUUAUAUAUAAUUAAAAUGUAACAAGCAAUAAACAAUUAUAUUUAAAUAAAUGAAAUUAUAUACGAAAU